GAUUAUUUCCACUUGCCUAUGCUGUUGUUGAAUCUGAGUGCAAAGACAGUUGGCUGUGGUUCCUUCAGAAUCUGUAUACUACAUUGUAUUCUACAUCAGAUGACAUGGGGUAUUUAACUUUCAUGUCAGAUAAGCAAAAGGUGCCUUCUUAUCAAUUUCUCUUUAAAUGUUUUUACUUCUUUUUUUUAUAUCAAUUGCUGAUUUCUGAUAUUGUUUUUUUUUUUUUUUUUUCAUUCUUAUUGGGUGUGUAGGGGUUAACUGAUGCAAUUAAGGAGGUUUUCCCUGAAUCACAUACAAGGCAUUGCAGUAGGCAUUUGUAUGCAAAUUUCAGGAAAGAUUAUAAAGGUGAGAAGCUAAAAGCUUUAUUUUGGACUGCAUCAAGGGCUUACAGAGAAAUUGAGUGGACAAAGGCAAUGGCUGAGAUCAAGAGUAUAAAUCAAAAAGCAUAUGAUUUUCUGAUGGAAAACCAGCCUAGUUCAUGGUCAAGAUGGGCAUUUAAUCACCAAACAAAAAGUGAUCACAUAACCAACAACAUGACAGAGUCCUUCAAUAACUGGGUAGGCCCGUAUAGAGACAAACCCAUCCUAUAUUUGAUUGAUCAAGUGCGGAUAAGUUUGAUGGAUAAAUUACAUAAGAGGUUUGAGCAAGCUUGUUCUUACAAGGGGACUUUGACACCAAAGAUUAAGAAGAGAAUGGAUGUGAUCCACCAGCAAUCAAGAUCUUGUGUGGCCCUAUCAGCAGGAUAUAAUGAAUUUGAGGUGAACGAUGGCACAUCAAGAUUUGUGGUAAACUUGAAUACUCGAAAAUGUGGGUGUCAAGUAUGGGAGGCUACCGGGCUGCCAUGUAGACAUGCAGCUUGCUGUAUUACAUUUAAGAGGGAAAACCUAUCAGAUUACUGUGAUAGUUUUUAUUUUCUAGGGAAAUAUCUACAAGCCUAUGAGAACAUGAUACACCCACUUCCUGACAUAUCAGAGUUGGAAGAAACAAGUAGUAUGGGAGUGGUGGAGCCUCCACCUCUGAGAAGGCACCCAGGCAGACCCAAAAAAGUUAGAAAAAAGGAGGAUGGUGAACCAGCAGGAAGUGAGUACAGAAAGAAGUCUACAUCAGUAAGAUGUGAUAAGUGUGGGCUUCAGGGUCAUAACAGGAGAACAUGUAAAGGGGGUCAAAUUAGGAGGAAAAGGGCAAGGAAAAGCAGUACUGUGAAGGAGAGUCGAAAUGUGGGGGCUAGUGAAGCUGAAGUCAAUGUCUCUCAGCGGACAAGAUCACAUAAUGCAUCAACUGCAUUGAAUGAUAGUGUUCAAGCAAGGAAAAGAGCGAAAGCGACAGCAGCUCGGGCAAGAAGACGUGAAAAGGAGGCAAUGCAGAAGCCAAACAAGAAUUGAGUUUGGACAAAGGGGGGUUUUUUUUGGGGGGGGGGAAAUGAUGUGUAUAUAGGCCUUUUGAUUUUGGAAAUUAUCAUUACUAGACUGGACAGGUUUUCGAUAUGUGUAAUUCUGAUGUGUAUACAGGCCUUUUGAUUUUUGUCAAGUAUGUGGAAUGGACAUGUGUAUAGGUUUUUUUAUUUUCAUUUUGGAUGUGGAAUGAACAUGUUGGAAAGGUUUUUUGAUUUUCAUUUAUAUGUGGAGUGGACAAGGCUGGACAAGUUUUUUUGAUUUUGUUCUUGAUGUGGAAUGGACAUGUGGGCAGAUUUCUUUUUCUUGAUUUUCAUUUCUGUUUGACACUGUAUUCAAUAGGGUACCGAGGGAUUUCCUGAUUUUAACUUGGUCUCAGUUUUUGUCAACCUGAACAUAAUGAACUGCAACACACAUACAAACACAAGUCAUAAUUAGUUAGGGGCUUUCACUCAAUUUGAUAUAUAUUCAUAUUGUAAUAUAUUGGGUGA